AUGCGACUACAGCAGGAGCUGUUGAGGAAGGAAGAAAAUGUUGAAGAAUAUCGGAAGACAUGCGGCAUUACUCCGAUUUCUGCCCGCAAGUUACUGACGGAAAUGAAUGCUACCGACAGGGAAGGGUUGUGUAUCCGAUGCUGGGAGCACUGUCCGCCGAAUGACGUCGAUUCAAACCAAAAUGCUGCUUCUAUUGCGAAAGUCCGAGGGAUCGCUAAUGCUAACUGAUCGCUAAUGCUAACUGUAGACACAUCUCGACAAUAUGGAGCUCUGGAAGCUCCAACUAGAGAAGAAGGGACAUUCUGGACCGGAAGUGUCAAGAGGAGAAAAUCAUCGUUCCAUAUCAAAGUGCUGCCGCUCCGAUAA